AUGGUUGGAAGUAGUGAGAAUAUCCAGUUCUCAUGGGGAAACAAGAGAGCAAAAGAUGGUGCUAAGAUGGAUACACAGUUCUAUGGUUCCUUCACAUUUGACAAUGUGAAGUACUCAUUGUAUGACUCUGUGUAUCUUUUUAAAAAUGGUGAUCCUGAACCGUACAUUGGAAAGAUAUUAAAGAUAUGGCAGCAAAAUCAAGCUAAGAAAGUAAAAAUUCUUUGGUUUUUCUCCCCGGAUGAGAUCAGAAGUUACUUAACCGGUCCUGUGGCGGAGAAGGAGAUAUUUCUUGCUUCUGGUGAUGGCACUGGCCUUGCUGAUAUCAAUCCACUGGAAGCUAUUGCUGGAAAAUGCACUGUUGUUUGCCUUUCAAAGGAUGAGAGGAAUUGCCAGCCUACUCCAAGGGAACAAGAAGUUGCUGAUUAUAUCUUCUAUAGGUUCUUCGAUGUUGGAAACUGCACACUUUCUGAUAAAGUACCUGAAAAAAUUGGAGGGCUGGAAGUCAACAGUCUGCUUAAUCCUAAAGACGAGCAAGUUACAUGCUAUCCGGAUCAGGAUACGCAAGCCGUGGAUCAGAAGUUGGGUGCAGGUCUGGUUGCACCCCUUCCACAGUCAGCGGUUGAGAUGCAGGAUGAAAAUCCAGUUGCUGCAGUGACCCCUCCCCAGUCAGGGGCUAUUCCUCUCCCUCCAGCAGUCAAAGAGAAGGAUAAUGCAAAGGUUGCUGCCGUUCCUCUCCCCCCAGCAGUUAAGGAGGGUGUUCCCAAACCAACACAAGAUAUUCCUAAACGCACACAGAAAGAUCUUUCUGAGAGGAUGCCUUCCAAGAAGUUGAAAUUAUCCCAAGAUCUUACAGGACCGAGUGUGGCCCCAGUUCCUGACGUGAAAGUUCGCCCUGGUCCUCUGGAACUAACGACAAGACAGGCUGACCGAAGCAAAUGGUUCAAACCUCUUCCAUGGGAUGAGGAACUACAAGUGUCUCAUGAGGAGGGGAGACUAGUGUAUAUCCAGAAUCUGGGCAUACAGUUUGCAGCUUCUGACAUAGUGGAACUUAUUCGUGAGGCGCUUCAACUAACUUGUAGAGCUCGGCCUAUAAACCACCCGACCUAUGAUGAUCCCAACAAUGGAAAAGCUUAUGCUGUAUUUGAAUCUAAAAAAGCUGCUGAUGUUGCUAUUUCGAAGAUCAAUUCAGGCUUGGUAGUGGGUGGAAGACCACUUUACUGCAGCAAAGGGUUACUUAAGAUUAAAAAACCUUCAAGAGCUCUAGUUGGGCACUUAACCAUCAGUAAUCAGAAAAUGAGUCAAAGACAACGAGAAGACCAGAAGAAGGCAGUAUCGACCUCACAUUGCUCUCAACCCAACACAAUAGAAUAUGACCUGGCAUUGGACUGGAUGCUUGUCCGAGAAAAGCAAGCAAGAAAGUUCAGCGUACUUCAUAAGAAGCACGUAAAUGAGAGGAAGUCGUUUGCAGCAAAGAUUGGGAAGUAG